GUUCAAAACGUGUUGUCCAUGACUUGUAAUAACUAAUGGUCUUAUUUAGAAAGGAUAUCAAUCAGACUCUUAAAUGGAGCAACAUUUUGCUCACUGAAGAGAACUUUAAGAAUACCAAAAGCUUUAGACAAGACAAGAGAAGGAUGAAUAAGGUUAUUAAGACUGAAGCUAAGGAGCCUCAGAGGCUCAGUCAGCUUUUAAGUCCAAAUUCAACUCUACGAAAGGCAUUACGAGCAUUGCAAAAUAGGAAAAGAGAGAAAACUACUAAGAUUUUCAGCCCCUCGCUUAAAUGAAAGGGUUUGAGACUGUGGCAUCGGAAGAGUACUCUUCACGUCUAUCCUCCUAAUAUAAAUAAUUUUCUUCGGAAAGAGAAAACAUGUAAAAGCCAAAGAAGUAGAAGAAGCAAAACAAAUUAUAUGGGAAUGCCAUUCGGGUUAUAAAAUCAGGAGAAUCCAGAAUUAUGAAUGAAGAUAUUCUUAAUGUCACAAGUCCAGCUUUCUCACAAACAUAUUUUGGAGGUACUACUUCUGGAGCCAUUGAAAUGCCAACGCUUAAUGAAAACAGUUCCACAAAAUAUCAAAACAUUGUUAAAACAAAGCGAAGUAUCAACUGCGGGCUUUUUGAAACACAAAGCACUGUAGAGAAGCAAGUGGAAGCCCCAGAAAAUCAUGAAAAAGAAACUGAUAUUCUAGAAUUUAUGAAUCAGCUUAAUAAACCUCAGAAGUUAACCUGAUUAUUAUCUCCAAAAACUCCGAAUAUGAAUCGGCUAACUAAAUUCAAGAAAACUUUUAACACAAAUGGUGGUCUUGCUAGAUUAAUGAGAAACCAUUACUCUAAGCGAAACUGAGAGAAAAGCCAAAGAAAUAGCAAAUCAGGUAUUGGAAAUACCUCCGAACCAGACAUAAUGGAGUCUCUAGUUCACGAAUCAACUAAAAAUAUUAUCAUAAAGGAAAAACGGAUAAUAGCCUUUAAACAUCGAAGAAGGAGAGAUAUUAGAAGAUAGAAUUAAAACUAUAACAUCUUCGCAAGGAAAAGGUGGCCACCUUUGCCAUGCUAAGAUCUGCUACUAUUUUAGGAAUUCUAAUACUUUCUAGAUGACCCUAUCUUCUUCAACAAAGGUGUUCCACCUUUGUUGUAAUUAAGAUAUGAUAUUCAUAAACUUUAGAAACCAUUUUAUCUUU